AUGGGCGUGAUCCAGAGCGCCUUCCUGUGGGGUUACAUGGCCACGCAGCUGCUGGGCGGCGCGCUUGCCGACAAGUACGGCGGAAAGCGUGUAAUGGCUGGCGGCAUCGUGUACUUCAGCCUCGCGUCCCUUUUGCUGCCGUUUGCGCUGUCGUCACCCGUGCAGGCGGCCGGCCUCACCAUCCCGGCCAUCCUGCUGGCGCGCUGCUGCGUGGGCCUGGGCGAGGGCGUGGCCCUGCCUUCUAUGAACAAUCUGGUGGCGCGACAUGUGCCGCCCUCCGCCAAGGCGCGCGCCCUGGGCAUGUGCUUCUCGGGCUUCCACAGCGGCAACCUGGUGGGCCUUCUGGUGUCACCCUUCAUCCUCGUGUCCUUCGGCUGGCGCGCCCUCUUUCUGCUGUUUGGGUUCCUAGGCGCCCCCCUGCUCGCGGUGUGGAACGCCACCGUCCCUGACAAGCCGCCCGCCGCGCAGCAGCUCGCCGCGGCGAGCGCCGCGGCCGCGGCCGGCAAGCCGGCGGGCGGGGGCGGCGGCGGCAAUGGCGUGACGCUGGGGCGGCUGCUGUCGCACCCGGCCACGUGGGCCAUCGUGGUGGUCAACUUUGUCAAUCACUGGGGGUACUUUAUAUACCUGAACUGGAUGCCGACAUACUUCAGCAAGGCCCUGGGCUUUGACCUGCGCGCUUCCAGCUUGCUGGCAUUCCUGCCCUGGCUGGUCAUGGCGCUGGGCAGCUCGGCGGCAGGUUUCCUGGCCGACUCCCUGAUAUCGCGCGGCGUCAGCGUCACCACCGUCCGCAAGGCCCUCCAGUCGGCCUCCAUGCUGCUGCCCGCCGCCGCGCUGCUCGUCCUCUCGCAGCCGGGCCUGCCGCCCGCCGCCGCCGUCGCCUGCAUGACCGCCGCGCUCGGCGUGACGUCGCUGGGGCAGGCCGGGUUCGUGGCCAACAUGAGCGACAUCGCGCCGGACAACGCCGGGCAGAUGUUUGGGCUCUGCAACACGUUUGGGUCGGCCGCGGGGAUCCUGGGCGUCGUUUCUGUCGGGCUGGUUGUGGAGAGGACGGGCUCCUUUGCGCCCGUGUUCCAGAUCACGGCGGCGAUGUACGUGUUUGCGGUGGCGGUGUGGAACGUGCUGUGCACGGGGGAGCGCGUGUUCUGA